UUUUUCUUGAAAAAAGAAAUAAUUCCUCGGUUAAGUUUUCUUUUGAUUUUCGGGUUCCGUAUAUUCUACAUUACAAUUUUCUCGAUCAUGAUAAAUUCAUCGCAAUUUUCAAAGUUGUCACAGAUUUUUCCUAUCACGGUCCAGUCGGAUAUAUUUUUUCUUCGUUUUUGGUAAUUUUACCGGAGAUCAGAUAGUUCAAAUCAGAGUUUGUCGGGGUACACAUUGUUCAUUUUUUAAUGGUAUGCUCUAUCGCAAGUGGGAAAAUGACGGCCUUGGCAAGGCUUUUGGAUGCUGGGAGUGUAUCGCAAAGUGCAACUGCUUGGAGACUUUCAAUUUUUUCAAUCUGAGAGAUAAUGUGCAUAUUUUGCCAUUUCCUGUUCCUUCUCUUUCUCUUGCCCUCCAUGAAGAGGAAGUAAGCCACCAGAAAUUAGCUGCACAAUACAUAAAGAGAGAAUUAGGAGAGGCAGAUGAAGAAAAUUUGCUUGAUGAAGAAGAUAUGCAUAUUUUUGGUUUGAGGCCGAUGACAGAUCCUUUAGAUUUGGUAUGCUGCAAUGCUUGUAGGAAGCCAAUCAAAGCCAGUCAAUAUGCUGCACAUGCAGAGCUUUGUAAGUCUUUGAGUUCUAGAGCAGAAAUCAGUCUGGAGCUUGAUGGUCCUGCAGUGAAUAAGAAACCUCCACGGAAGGAGAGGAAAAAGUUACUGAUUUCUCAAACCAAGAAAGCCACAUCGCUCAGAGAGCCCAAAAAAUUCGAAUCUGUAGACUCUGAUGGUAUAGCUGCAUCAGAAUCUCAUGUAAAUGAGAAGAUUCAAAUGAGUGCCAUAGCUAAACGAAACAUGCAUCUUAGUUCAACUGAUAAGAUGAAUGGUUCAAGAGUUAAUCCUUACACUAUCGACUGCGCAGAAGAUGUAACUAAACGUGCAUCAAAACCUCUCAAAAGGACAGCAGCUGAGAGUCCAUCGAAUCCAGGUACUAAGAAUUUUUGUAAGCCAGCUGCCGACAUUCUUCCUUAUGCCCCAGCUCCCCUUGCAACAAAAGUAUACUAUUCACAAAGAAAUCAUCAUCUCCGGAGGGCCAUUUCUUAUAUGUUCUUUGAGGAAACAAGCAAGGAAUCAAGCUGUGAGGUUUCAAAUUUAGAAAUAUUACAAGCAAAUGCAGUUCCUCAACAAACUUCAUCUCCCAGCAACUGUUAUCAUGAACAAGUUGCCAACCAGCAGAGAGAUGACCAUUUUUCACAUCUAGCCCAAACACCUGAUCAAAUUCUUGCAGCAAGGUCAGACUUCUUCGUGAGCCAAUCAGAAGGAUUUGUUCCAUCCAUGAACAUGGCUCCUCAACAUCCUGUGAAUAAUACUCUAGGACCCCAUUACAUAUCAAACUCUUAUUCUUUUGCAGGCAAAGCAGGAAACUCUCUAGGUACUCUUCAGCAGGGCAGUGGAAGUGUUCCAGUUGUAUAGGACUUCUGAAAGAGAAUUUUGCUUGGUAAAGCUGUUACUCUUGUGCUCUACCGAUGAGUUAGACUAAACUUGAAAGGAAACAAGAAAUGCCUACAGUGGUAGCUUGGUACAUCAGACAUGUAACUGCAAUCGCCUCACACCCACCCCCAAUUUAAGACUGUGCAGUGUACAGAAUCGUCACUAAUUCUAUGACACCCUCCCAAAUAUACUGAUGAUAAUAAAAACAAUGUUAUGGAGAUCACUAGCAUAGCAAUUGAUAGAAGUAUAAAAAAUGUAAGGUAUGAGCCAGUUCAUCCUUUUCCCUUAUUAGCGAAGAUUCUUUAACAACCUAAAAGACCAUUAUCCGGAUAGUGAUUCAUCUUUGAUGAAUGUAAUCUACCCCGAGAUAUGCUGUGCUUGCAUUUAGCAUUCAACGUUCUCCUGAUUAUAACAAACACUAGCCCAACUUGAACAACGGAACUCUCUCUCUCUGUUC